GAAGCACCAGAACAAAUGAUGAGGAGCUGAGGAUAGUGAUGGUGGGGAAGACUGGUAAUGGGAAGAGUGCCACUGGAAACACCAUUCUGGGACGACAGUGCUUUGAAUCAAAGUUCAGUGCAAAGUCUAUGACUGUAGACUGUUCUAAGGGCAAAGCUGAGGUGGAUGGGCAACAGGUUGCUGUCAUUGACACCCCGGGCCUGUUUGACACCAGGUUUGGCAUGAAUAAAACAACUAAAGAUAUGAGGCAGUGCAUCUCUUUUGCUCUUCCUGGACCCCAUGUGUUCCUGGUGGUCAUCAGGUUGGGCAGAUACACUGAAGAGGAGAAACAGACGGUGCAAAGGAUUCAAAAAAUCUUUGGCCAGGCUGCAGACAGAUACAGCAUGGUUCUCUUUACUGGUGGUGACCUUUUAGAAAACACUAUUGAGGAGUUCUUGGAUGAAAGCUCAGACCUUCAAGAACUAGUGGCCAGAUGUAAGGACCAGUACCAUGUCUUCAACAACAAGGAGAAGAAGAAUCGCUCUCAGGUCACUGAGCUGCUCAAGAAGAUCAGAAAUAUAGUCCAGAGAAAUGGAGGAAGCCACUACACCAACAAGAUGUUCCAAGAGGCUGAGAGGGCACUUGAAGAGGAGAAACAACGCAUCCUGAAAGAGAAGGAAGAGCAAAUACAGAAAGAAAGAGAGAAACUUGAAAGGAAACUUCAGGAAGAAUAUGAAAAAGAAAUUAAGGAAAUGUAUGAGCAACUCCGGGCUGAGAGAGAGAGGCAGAUGAAAGAGAGAGAGGAGGAAAGAAGGAGGGUAAUUGAGAGGAUGGAGAGGGAGAAGAAGAGGAUGAGGGAGGAAAGAGAAGCAGAAAGGAAAAGAGAGGAAGAGGAAAGAGAGAUGGAGAUGGCAAAUAUAAAAAAACGUUUAGAGGAACAGCGUGAAAGAGAACUGGAGGAGGAAAGAGAAAGGUUGAGAUGGGAAGCUCAGCGGCAAGCUGAGACGGACGAUAAUUUCUGGAUGAGAAGCCCCUCACUGCAGUGUACCGGCAGCAGUUCCUUCCGGUUUGUCUGCUGCAUGAGAAAAGAAUUGAGAGAGGAAAAACAAAAGUUGCAGUCCAGAUUUGAAAAGGAGGCCAGGAAGGAAGCUGAUGAGUUUAAUCCAUUAUAUCCUCUGGUUCUAGCUGGUGAAGCUAUAUUUGGAGGAAUCAAACAACUCGGAAAGGAUCUUGUAAGAUUGUUCAAGUGAGUGGUCCUAAACUCAGGCUGUUUAACUACAGAGGAACCCUCCAGAUGCUCACACACAAGAACAAAAAAAAGCUAUUAUUAUUUCAUCCACAGAAAUAUAUUCACAAUUUCUUUUUCCCCAUUAUCUGAGUGAAUGAUGAAGCUAAUUUUAUUUGUUGAACGUCAAGUCACUCAUCAUGACACAGUCUCAAAUUAUCAUCUAGCGUUCUUUUUACAUGAGUAUUUGAAUAUGGCCUAAGGAGAUAUUUAAUGUGUAUAUUAACAUUUGACAGUGUAAUGUGUUUGCAUGUCAACAUUUUAAGAUGACAUCCUAACUAAACCUAUGUAUUACAUUAAAUUACCUAUUGUUUAAAGUUUAAAGUUUUCUUUUUUAUUGUGUUUUAA